GGACCUUUUUCCUUCAUGUAACAGAGAUUGCAACAUGGCGCUGUCCAUGGCGGGCAUGAAUACACUAUCUACUGGAUGAUAUCUUUGUUUUAAACAGGUUUUGGGUUUGUUCGUGAGUUUAAUAAACUAAUAAGCACUACAGAAUUUCUUUUUUUGCUGUUGUUGAUGUGAAACACAAAGGACCAAGCAUGUCGGGGUCAAAUGUAUGGAGUCGUAGCCGAGAGAGAUUGAGACGGUUCCCUGAGCUGUUGGCUCAGUGUGCAGAUGAGGCAGCCGUUUAUGGAAAGUGUGUUGCUGCGACAACAACUGGCAAACAGGAGCUGAAGAAGGAUGUGUGUGCUAAAGAGUUUGAGGCACUAAAGACCUGUUUUACAAAUGCAGCCAAGAAGAAAACCAGAUGACACGUCUGGACUGAUCUGUGGGAGAAAACUUUCCAAGUGGAGCUUUGAUGUGAUGUUAUGAUAGGGAAGACAAAUUAUUUCAUUUCAGUCGAUAUUUAUACAAACCAGCAAUCGAUAAUGUUGAAUAUCUUUUAUUGGAUUUUUUUAUAAGCAAAAUAUUACACAUAGAAAAAUCUGCUUGUAAAAAUGAUCUUGAUCUUCACAGGAGAGACCAGAAAAUACAGUCAGGAUUUAAAAACC